AAACAAAUAAAUAAAUAAUCAAACCAUUUCACCGGAGGUAACGACUAUCACCGUCGCUUUGGGUCUUCGUGCCGCGUUUUUUUCUCCACUCGGUCGUAGUCGUAGCUCAUCGAUUGUGCCUGUUCUGGCUCUACUCUCUCUUUCUACUCUCUUUUUACUCUCUUUGUGGUUUCGAGCUCGCUCCAAAUCGAAAAGCGGAGGCGGCGGAGGAAACCCUAGAAAGAUCCUCGACCUCUGGCUACUGAGAGAUGGGGAUCGAUCGAAGCGUCUUCUCGUGGAUGCUUCUCUUUGUGGGUUUGAGUGGAUUAGCUUCUUGUAGCUUCGUCUCAGAUGACGUGUUAAAGCCGCAUGGAUCGACGGGACGGAGUUUGUUGCAAGCCAAGAAGAGUUGCUCUAUGAGCUUUGAGUUCCUGAACUACACAAUCAUCACGAGCAAAUGCAAGGGGCCGCAAUACCCUGCUUCCCUCUGCUGCUCUGCUUUCUUGGAAUUCGCAUGCCCGUAUGCAGAUUAUUUGAAUGAUGCCACUACUGACUGCGCAUCAUCAAUGUUCUCUUACAUCAACCUAAAUGGCAGGUACCCUCCAGGCCUAUUUGCUAGUGAGUGCCAAGGAGAAAAGGAAGGGCUUGCGUGCCCCCCUUCUUCCUCGCCCGACGCUGCCGAUGCUCCGCAUUCAGCUCAAAGACUUACUAUAGCUUUGAUUGCUUCUAUGUGUGCAAUUCUUGUUGCCAUCCUAUUCUAGUGAAGGCCGGAGAGUGUAUAUCAUUUAUUGGCUUGUUGCUGAAUGGUUGUUGAUCUGUUUCAAGUGCACUUGCAUUGUUGGUCAUGAUAAUACUUGGUCGGUUUUCUUGUUGGAAGCUUGUAAAUUUGAUUCCUGGCUAAUGACAGGUAACUCUGUGGUAGCCCAAGCUGUUAAGAGUUUUCUAUUUGUACUAUUUUUGCGCUCGAUAUGUUCAAACACACAUGCUCGCGCUUCACUACCAUGUAAAAUAGCCAAUUAUGUUCGAUUCAAACUAUGAUGUACAUUUUGUACUAUUUUGUAUUCGCUGUACUGGGGCGAUCAUGUGCUGUUACUUCUA